AGCCAUUGAAUGAACUAAAUAUAUACACGGAUAGAAUUCUAUGCUGUCCAGUAAUUUGUUGAGAAGUUUUCUUACAUGACAAGCUAGCGGGAACAUUGAUACAUUACCAUUUUUUUUUCAACUCCAUGGCUUUUUUCUACAUCAAUUAAGAAGUGUGACACUAUGGGGAACCCAUUCAGUAAAACAGAGAGCACAGUAGAGACCAUUAGAGAGAAUGCAUUCCGCCCGCCUAAUCUGGACUCCCCAUUAUCUGAUGCAUAUUAUAACAGUCUACUGAAGGAUUCCAUAGCAGAAUUAUUUGUCUCGUAUGUGAUACCAAUGAAUAUUUUACACGUCUUUCAUAAAUACAAUAGACGUGUACUGGUCAAGCAAGAUUUAGAUUUUAUCAAAGCUCAGGCGUCCAGUUUAGGCGAUGUGUCUGCUAGUCGAUCUUUACUGGACAGACUUGUCAUUUAUGACGACUGGUUCUUUUGUCUGCUGGAUAGUCUUAGAGACUCGGACGUUAUGUUGAGCCAUGUUGCAGUUCAAAUAGAAAAUAUCAAAGAAGACUUCGACCAACAAUUGAUGUCACAAUGUGCAGCUGACAUUCCUCAGGAACUGGAGUCAGAUACAUCAAGACAAAAGCCAUUCUAUAAUUAUAGUCAUUAUUUCAAGGAAUCCAUGAAGCUCAAGGUCAAAUUAGAACAUAUGAUCAAAGAAUAUGAUAAAGAAAAAGAACGACGCAAGAGAUGUGAGGAUGAACUCAGAGAACUUUGUCCAAGAGCUGAUAACUCUUCAGCAGACAGUCAUCAACCCUCACCAUCAGAACGCUUUUUAUUGAGAGAAGAAAAUAAUAACUUACAACAAGAACUUUCCGAUGAGAAAGAAAAAGUCAAAAAGUUAGAACAGGAAAUAUUAGAGAAACAAUCUCAAUUAGAAUAUUAUCGAUCGAUCAAUGCAAUGCAAGGAAAAAGAAAAGGUACAAAACUUAGAACACUGAAUUGCUUUCCAAAAACUCCAGGUCAAAAACAAAUACAAAAUGUGUAAUACAGAUUUAUACAAUUCUUGCGUAUGAUAAAUUUACACUAGGCCAUUUUUUACUUUUUAGAAAAAAAAGAAUAACAUUAUUGUCUAAAAUAAUUUCAUAAUGCCUGUAUCGUCUUUUGUCAAGUUUGUUUUAUUGUAUAUAUAAUGAUAAGUGUCCAAUAUGUCAUUAAGUCUAUGUGCAAUACAGUGCUUCUUACAAAUCAGCCGUUUCAAUUCUUAUCUAACAAAGUAGAAAUAAUGUAUGUCUCUCUGGAGGUGGAAAAUGUAAAUGAAACUGUUUUAGAUGAUAAGUUUUCUAAAUAGCAAAUUGAAUUAAUUUUAUCGUUAACUUGUUUGGAAUAUAGAUUUCAAAUGUUCAAAUUAUUUAAUGGAAAAAAUGCAACGCAGAUUUUUAAAAAUUUAAUAACUUCAAACUAAAAGAGCUCAAGUGCCAGAAAAAAAAAUUAAAGGCCUAACAUAAGUUUUAUCUUCAGAAAACAAAAAUCUCAUUUCAUCAAAAUGGCAAUCACAGCCAACUAUUUGUGUGUGUGUGUGACCUUUUGCAAAAGUCAAUGAAGGAUGUGAAGUCAACAGUUAUAUUCUGAUGCCAGUUUUUUUGUGGGGCAAAACUUUUCAAUUAAAAACACGAUUUGUUUCAUAAAGUCAAUAAGUAUAAAUGAUAUGUAUGUAUAACAAAUCCAGCAGUAACACUUUAAACUCUAUAAUCUAUUUUAUUAUAGGAUUAGGUUUUCUAUUUGUUGACUAAAAAUAAUUGAAAUUUUAAAAUAUAUUUACUAAUAAUUGAGCAAUAGUUGAGUCUAUAAUAUUUCUGAGGCUUACAGGCUGACUCUCACUGACUCAUUUAUCUCCACGUAAUUCUUGCCCCUAUAGCUUCCAUCUCUCCUUUUCUCUCCCUCUUUUUCUCUCCCUCUUUUCUCUCCCUCCUGCUCUCUCCCCCUCUCUCUCUCCAGCCGUCACCCUUUCACUGCACCCUGUUUAUCGUGAUGGUCUCCCCCUGAACGUUAGAGACUUGAAGAGAUAUGAGCCCACAAAGACAGACACAGAGAUGUCGCGGGAAAAUUAGAACCUCGCCCUCCCUACACAAACACGCAACAACAACAAAGUCUGAACUACAAUACUGAACUGUUCUUGAAGCCUUAAUAUUCAAAAUGGAAAUAUUUACUUUUCGUCCCCACCCCCAAAAAACAGAAUAAACCAGAAAUCCUUCCCAAAGCAAACACACAUACAUUUAAUAGGCCCUCAAAUGUAGUUCAUGUUUCUGAGGAAAAAUAAUUAAUUUCAUUUUAUUAGUUCACUUUUUAAAGUGUCCACCAUGGCGAGUUUAAAAUUAUCGAUUUCAUUUUCUUUUUAUAACCUUUGUACUCAGGCACUUACAGUUAUUUCUUUUUUUUAGGGAAAAAUAAAUAAA